AUGUGGUUGAUGACGAGAAUUUUCCUGUUGGUAGGCUUCCUCGCCGCGUUGAUCAUUGGGUGCGACGCCUGCGCCUGCACAACGACUACGCACACACCGGUACUCGUUCAUCAAUUUCCCAAUGGCACGUGGGCUGAAAAUAUUAUCGGCCUCGCGAACGGUUCGGUCUACACCACUUUAUUCAACACGCCUGAGCUCAUCCUCCUCGACCCAAUACAAUCCAACCCAGAUCCCAUCACCGCCGCCAAUAUCGCUACUAAAACCGGCUUACUGGGUGUAGCUCAACCUAGAAAUGAUAUUAUUACCGUUAUUGCUGGUAGUUUCACCUCAACUGCACCAAGCACGACAUCUGCUAUCAAUGGGUCUUACGCCAUCCUCGUCUUCACGAUUGACGUGGAGACUCCUAGUAUCCCGCCUGUACUCCGAGCAAAGUACCCAAUCCCGCAGGCAGGCUUCCUGGAUGGUCUCACAGCACUGCCUCUUGAUCCUCAUCAUGUCCUCGCUGGUGACUCCUUGAAAGGCGUCAUCUGGCGCAUCAACAUCGAUACGGGGGCAGUGGACUGUCCCAUUUCGGAUCCACUCCUCAAACAGGUGUCUGGAUCCAGCACGCCAGGUGUCAAUGGCCUCCAUGCCUCCCCCACGGAUCCCUACCUCUACUUUACCAACAGUGCAAUGGCUAUAUUUGGGCGCGUACUGAUCUCCUCGUCGGGCUCACAGCUUGCCUCGGCGGAAACUGUGGUUGCAGCCAGUGGUGAUAAUGCAUACGAUGAUUUCGCGAUCUCGCCUGACGGACAUUGGGCAUUCUUAUGCAACACCCCGCCUGAUGCAAUCAGCCUGGUAGAUAUUUGGAGUACGGCGUUCCCAACGACGGCGACAAUCGUCGCCGGUGGAAAUGGAGACACAAAUUUCGAUCACCCGGUUGGCGCAACGUUCGGACGGGGACCAGAGCAUAGCCAGCUAUUUAUUAGCACCGCGGGAGCGAUUGAGGGGCUAGGUGGAAAAACCGGUGGACAGGUAUUCAAGAUCGAUGUGAAAGAUUUAUUGGGCGAAACAUCGUGUCGUAUUUGA